ACCCCAUUUAACGGUAAAAGUUUUUUCAUCACGAACACCAAGCUAGUCUCUGAUCAGAACAUGGGCAAGUCCUCCUUCUCUUCCCUUCUCUCCCUCUUCUUCUCCAUCAUUUUAUCCAUUGAUUCAGCUGCUUCCUCCUGUCCCAUGGAUCUCAGCUACGUCGAAACAUUCCCAUGGGACACUUCAUCCUGCCGCGACCCCAACGGGACACACUGCUGUCAGACCCUUCUCAGCCUCAUCGGCAUUGGGCUUGCGCAACACCUCAAAGACACCUCCACGUUCCAGCUCCCUGAUGCAGCUUCUUCAUCUUCUUGCCUUUCCGAUUUCGAAACCAAGCUCGCCGCCUUGUCGAUCCAGCCCUCCGUCGUCCCUCGCUGCUUUGAAAAUUCAACCCAGUUCGUUGCUAAUCGUUCAAGUUGUGCUGGAAUCAUAACAAUCCAAGAUUGGACUGAAAAGAUCGGUCAAAUGACUCAAUUGGAGGCAUCCUGCCACGGAGACUUGACAGGUUUAACUCGGUGUGGCUCUUGCUCUGAUGCUGGCAUGAGGGUGGAUUCCCAGCUGACCAGUUUGGACCCGAAUGGCACAAAAUGCUUUUACUUCACAGUCCUAUACGCCGCCGGAAUUGUUAAUGAGUACGGCCCGAAGAACGUCAGCACUGCUGCUUGCGUUCUAGGCUUGCCAUUGUCAAGCUCAGCAACAGACAAGUCAUCGAAUCAUUUGAGCAGAGACACUUUACUGAAGUUGAUUUUUGGAUUUUUGGGUGCUCUUCUAGGCGUUUUGCUUGCUGUUGGGGUGAUCAUCCUGUACAGGAAACGACACAAGAAAGAAAGGCAAAACGCUUUGCAUGAAGAAUAUGUGAGCAGUUUCAAAGCCGGCCUAGUGUUACCCAACACAGGCGCAAAAUGGUUUCACGUGUCGGAGCUUGAGCGAGCCACGAACAGGUUUUCUCAGAGGAAUUUGAUCGGUCAAGGCACUUAUGGGGUUGUGUACAAAGGAACUCUUUCGGACGGCACUUCGGUUGCGGUGAAACAAAUUCUUGAUUUGGGUUCGACAGGGGACGAAGACUUUUGCAAUGAGGUUGACAUCAUUAGCAAAAUAAGACACAGAAACCUCCUUUCUCUGCGAGGCUGCUGCGUUACAAGCGACAAUCUCAAUGGAAAGAGGAGGUUUCUGGUCUCUGAUUUCAUGUCAAAUGGAAGCCUUGGUGACCAAUUGUGUGAACAUAGCAGGAAGCAAUUAACAUGGCCUCAGCGCAAGAACAUAAUUCUUGAUGUGGCCAAAGGGCUUGCUUACUUGCAUUAUGGAAUAAAACCGGCGAUUUAUCACCGAGACAUAAAGGCCACCAACAUUCUUCUCGACUCGGAAAUGAAGGCCAGAGUGGCGGAUUUCGGGCUGGCAAAGCAAAGCAGCGAAGGCCAGUCUCAUCUCACCACCAGGGUUGCCGGCACGCACGGCUACUUGGCGCCAGAGUAUGCUCUCUACGGGCAACUUACAGAGAAGAGCGACGUUUACAGCUUUGGGAUUGUGAUUCUGGAGAUUAUGAGUGGGAGGAAAGUGCUUGACACAUCAAAUUCUGCAGUGCUGCUCAUCACGGAUUGGGCUUGGAUGCUUGCAAAAUCAGGAAAAGUGGAAGAAAUACUGGAUGGGGGGAUAAGAGAAGAAGGGCCAAAAGCUGUGAUGGAGAGGUUUGUUCUUGUCGGGAUGCUUUGUGCUCAUGUUAUGGUGGCUUUUAGGCCUACCAUUGCUGUGGCGCUAAAAAUGUUGGAGGGUGACAUUGAGAUUCCUAGAUUACCAGACAGGCCAUUGCCGCUUAGUCACGAGUCAUUUAGAUCUUCUCUGCAGUGGAGUACAUGAACAAUUCUCCAGUUUAUAGUGUCAUUCAACUCUGAAAUCACACAGAAUGCAAUGUUAAUUAGAUAGAAGAUGAUCAUAGUUUUAGCCAUCUAAAAUGUGAAUAGGUUUCUUGCUGAGAAAUGUUACCUCAGUGAAUAUUUUAUUA